UCUUGUCACAUUUUUUGGGUGUUUUGUUUCGUUGUGUCAAACAAGUUGCAUGAUAAAAGAAGAGCAACAAUCCAAGGCUCUCCUUUCUUUCCAAAAGUUAAAGAACCAACCCGUCUGUUAUUACCAAACACCCCUUUCUUGCUUUCUCUCUCUUCCCUAUAAUUUCGUUGCGUCGCUCUCACUCUACAACGCCUUUUGAUUUCCGUCACUCUGUUCAUCACUGCGAUCUCCAAGCAGUAAUCAACAAUGGCGAGGGCAAUCACUGGCCCCGCUUAUCCAGAACGCUUUUACGCUGCUGCUUCGUACGUCGGUUUCGCUGGAUCUCCUGAUUCUUCUAACUCUAAUACCGUCGUUUCCAAGUUCAGCAAUGAAGUAUCUCUCUUGCUAUAUGCUCUUUAUCAACAGGCUACUGUUGGACCAUGUAACAUUCCAAAACCAAGUUCUUGGAAUCCCGUUGAGCAAAGCAAAUGGAAAAGUUGGAGCGGCCUAGGAAACAUGGUGCCUACAGAAGCCAUGCGAUUGUUUGUAAAGAUUUUAGAGGAAGAGGUCCCAGGAUGGUAUUCUAGAGCUGAUGUGGUAUCAGAUGCAAUUGUUGAUGUGCAAAUGAAUCACAAUGCUCAGACUGAGGGUGUUGUUGAGAAUGGCAUUGAUAUUCCGGAGACAAAAACAAUUUCUUCUGAGAAUGGAAGAGCAGUGGAAUCUAAAGAUAAGGAUGUUGUCUCUGAAGGUCUUGGUUCAAUUAGUGUUUACGACCAAUGGGUUGCACCUCUGGUUUCCGGUCAACUACCUAAACCUCGAUAUGAGCACGGAGCAGCCAUGAUUGGGGAGAAGAUGUAUGUCUAUGGUGGAAAUCACAAUGGUCGUUAUCUUAAUGAUCUUCAGGUUUUUGAUUUGAGAGCUUGGAGUUGGUCCAAAGUUGAGGUCAAGACAGGGUUUGAAACUCCGGAAGGACAAUCUCCAAUAUCAUCUAUUCCUUGUGCGGGUCAUACGCUGGUCCCAUGGGACGACAAGCUUCUUUCAGUUGCUGGGCAUACAAAGGAUCCUUCCGAGGCAAUCCAAGUGAGGGCUUUUGAUACACAAACUUCUACUUGGUCAAUUCUGAAGACAUAUGGAAAACCACCGGUUUCACGUGGCGGUCAUUCUGUUACUCUCGUGGGCUCCAGCUUAGUUAUUUUUGGUGGCCAAAAUGCCAAAAGAACUCUUUUAAAUGAUCUUCACCUUCUUGACUUGGAAACCAUGACAUGGGAUGAGAUUGAUGCUGCGGGUUUGCCUCCUUCUCCAAGGUCUGAUCAUGCAGCUGCACUCCAUGCAGAGCGUUACCUUCUGAUUUUUGGUGGUGGUUCUCAUGCUGCUUGCUUCAAUGAUUUGCAUGUUCUUGAUCUGCAAGCUAUGGAAUGGUCAAGACCCACCCAGCAGGGUGAUAUACCAACUGCUCGUGCUGGACAUGCAGGCGCUACUGUAGGAGAAAAUUGGUUUAUCGUUGGAGGAGGUGAUAAUAAAAGUGGAGCCUCUGACACUGUUGUUCUCAAUAUGUCAACACUUGUCUGGUCUGUGGUUACUUCAGUGCAAGGACGGGUUUCACUUGCUAGUGAGGGUUUAAGUUUGGUUGUGGGAUCAUACAAUGCAGAAGAUACUCUUGUCGCUUUUGGAGGUUAUAAUGGUCGUUACAAUAGUGAGAUUAAUGUUCUCAAACCUAGCCAUAAAUCCAUCUUACAAAGAAAGAUGACAGAUACACCUGUACGUGACAGCGUAUCUGCUGUGCAUAUUGCUGCAAAUGCAUCUGAACAUGGUGCAGGCCAAGAUGGAAACGUCAGGGAAAUUGUAAUGGACAAUAUUAAUGUGGAGAAAGUGAAAAGCAAGGAAGGGGGAGAACGUUCUAUAACAGCCCUCAAGAAAGAAAAUGAAGAGUUGGAAUCUGAACUGAGUACAGAAAAAUUGCACAAUCAGCAGUUGAAGCAAGAGUUGGUUGAAGCUGAAAAUCAAAAUGCAGAUCUUGUAAAGGAGCUGCACUCUGUACGUGAUCAGCUUGCUGCGGAACAGUCUAGAUGUUUUAAGCUUGAGGUCGAUGUUGCUGAGCUGCGGCAAAAGCUGCAAACAAUGGAGCAAUUAGAGAAAGAAUUAGAACUUCUGCGCAAACAGAAGGCGGCCUCUGAACAAGCUGCGUUGAAUGUAAAGCAGAGACAGGGUUCAGGUGGUGUAUGGGGCUGGCUUGCAGGAACCCCCUCGCCCAGAGAGGAUGAUGCCUGAUGUUUCAAAGUAGGGAUUAUUGCUAGUUUUUGUAUUUGUUCGACUUUAUUCUUCAGUGAAAAAUUUUGCCGUUUUUACAUUAUUUUUGGUCCGAGGAUAAUAAUCAUGAAAUUUUUUUAGUUCUAAUCGAAGCCAUGAAGGGGAAUGCAAGAUGGAAUUCAUGUAUAAAAUUUGUACCAUUAUUUCUCCCUGUAUUUUGUAGUGUGACGAGCUGUAAAGACAAUACUGAACUGAGCGGGUAUGUAUUUUUUUCUUGGGUUAUACUUAAUUGAGUUUUGGAUACCACAGUGAAAAGUCUUUCCUUUUAUCAA